AAAAGUAUGAAAUCCGAAUUACCAAAAAUAAGAAAACAAGCUGAAUUGAUGUCAACUUGGUGAAUGCUGUCCAAAUCUUGUUAUCAUCUUGGGCCAUAAGUGGGGCCCAAUAAACAAAAGGAAUUUUAAUUCCCCUAAGAGUCUACGAGUCUCUGCGAUGGUAACUGUAUCUCUAAGCAGCACACAGAAACCGAAACACAUUCAGAGCUCAUCUUCACUCCGAUUCUCUUCCAUUUUUGCUCUCUCAGAUUUCGAAAUCUCCAUGUUUUUAUCUCUAUCUCUUCCAUUUCUAUACUAUCUCAGAUUUUGAAAUCUGCCUCCGAUCUCCCUCUCUCUCACUCUCUAUCUCUUUCCUCUGAUCGUGGAUUAAGAUGGAGAGCUUACCCACGACGGUUCCGUCUAAAUCAGAACGACGAGGAAGAUCCUCCAAGUCUCACAAUAACUCUAAGCCUUCAGUUAUUUUGGCAUUCUUCUCUUGCGUCGCUUGGCUCUACGUCGCUGGCCGGUUAUGGCAAGAUGCAGAGAAUAGAGUGAUACUCAAUAAUAUGCUUAAGAAGAAUUAUGAUCAGAAGCCUAAAGUUAUUACUGUCGAUGAAAAGCUGAUGGUUUUAGGAUGCAAAGAUCUUGAGAGGAGAAUUGUUGAGACUGAAAUGGAGUUGACUCUUGCAAAGAGUCAAGGCUAUCUGAAAAACAAUAAAAGUGGUUCUUCCUCAGGGAAGAAAUUGCUUGCUGUAAUUGGAGUAUAUACUGGAUUUGGAAGUCAUCUGAGGCGAAAUACAUUUAGAGGCUCUUGGAUGCCACAAGGUGAUGCUUUGAGGAAACUUGAAGAAAGAGGAGUUGUCAUACGUUUUGUGAUUGGUCGAAGUCCAAACCGAGGAGAUAGCUUAGAUCGAAAAAUUGAUGAGGAAGAUGGAGCAAGAAAAGAUUUUAUAAUUCUUGAGAAUCACGAGGAGGCACAGGAGGAGUUACCCAAGAAAGUUAAGUUCCUCUACAGUGCUGCUGUUCAAAACUGGGAUGCAGAGUUUUACGUCAAAGUUGAUGACAAUAUUGACCUAGAUCUUGAGGAGUUGAUUCGUCUCCUUGAAAGUCGCCGUGGUCAAGAUUCUACUUACAUUGGGUGCAUGAAGUCUGGCGAAGUUGUUGCUGAAGAGGGAGGGCAAUGGUAUGAGCCAGAAUGGUGGAAGUUCGGAGACCAAAAAUCGUACUUUCGUCACGCAGCUGGUUCGCUUAUAAUACUAUCGAAGAAUCUGGCUCAGUAUAUAAACAUAAACAGUGGAUCAUUGAAGACAUAUGCAUUUGAUGAUACCUCUAUAGGAUCUUGGAUGAUUGGUGUUGAUGCAACUUAUAUUGACGACAACCGCCUUUGUUGUAACAGUAUUAGACAAGAUAAGGUGUGUUCUGUGGCUUGAUCAAAAGACUCUAACAGUCUCUUCCAACAAAACUCUUUGGUGUAAUCAUGGCGCUUCUGAUAUGUUAUUGGAAAGUUGUUUUUGUGGGUAUCAUCAGCCAUUAUUUCACAGCUAAUAUAGGAAUUUUAGCUACGAAAAAAAGGAAAAGAACAUUAUAAUUAAGUUACAACUGACCAAAAAUAGUAGAAUUGGUUUAAUUCCAUCCCAGCUUUGAACUAUAGUUUGAGUGAUGGAGUGACUUAUAUUGGAACUUCUCAAUGAAAAAUACUUGCUUUCUCUUGUUCUCUUGUUUGUUGUCCGUUAAUUUAGCAAGAAUAACCAUAGAUAAAUCUAUAUAUUAAAG